GCAGGCCGCACCCAGCUCGGGAGGUGGGGGCGAGCGAAGGGGCUGAGGGGCGGAGAGGCCGGGCGGGCCGCGGCUGCAGGCCAGGGGACGGGGGCGGAGCCGGAGUCGGAGCCGACGGGCGGUGGCCGCAGUGGCACCCCGGAAUCCCGCGUGCUGCCCACGAUUCGCUUCUGAGGAACCUAGAAAGGUUGUACAAUGAAUGGUGAUUCUCGUGCCGCGGUGGUGACCUCACCACCCCCGACCACAGCUCCUCACAAGGAGAGGUACUUCGACCGGGUGGAUGAGAACAACCCAGAGUACUUGAGGGAGAGGAACAUGGCACCAGACCUUCGCCAAGACUUCAACAUGAUGGAGCAGAAGAAAAGGGUGUCCAUGAUUCUGCAAAGCCCUGCUUUCUGUGAAGAAUUGGAAUCAAUGAUACAGGAGCAAUUUAAGAAGGGGAAGAACCCCACAGGCCUAUUGGCAUUACAGCAGAUUGCAGAUUUUAUGACCACGAAUGUACCAAAUGUCUACCCAGCAGCUCCGCAAGGAGGGAUGGCUGCCUUAAACAUGAGUCUUGGUAUGGUGACUCCUGUGAACGAUCUUAGAGGAUCUGAUUCGAUUGCGUAUGACAAAGGAGAGAAGUUGUUGCGGUGUAAAUUGGCAGCGUUUUAUAGACUAGCAGAUCUCUUUGGGUGGUCUCAGCUUAUCUACAAUCAUAUCACAACCAGAGUGAACUCUGAGCAGGAACACUUCCUCGUUGUACCUUUUGGGCUUCUUUACAGUGAAGUGACUGCAUCCAGUUUGGUUAAGAUCAAUCUACAAGGAGAUGUAGUGGAUCGUGGAAGCACUAAUCUGGGAGUAAAUCAAGCUGGCUUCACCUUACACUCUGCAAUUUAUGCUGCACGCCCGGACGUGAAGUGCGUUGUGCACAUUCACACCCCAGCAGGGGCCGCGGUCUCUGCGAUGAAAUGUGGCCUCUUGCCAAUCUCCCCAGAGGCACUUUCCCUUGGAGAAGUGGCUUAUCAUGACUACCAUGGCAUUCUGGUUGAUGAAGAGGAAAAAGUUUUGAUUCAGAAAAAUCUGGGGCCUAAAAGCAAGGUUCUUAUUCUCCGGAACCAUGGGCUCGUGUCAGUUGGAGAGAGCGUUGAGGAGGCCUUCUAUUACAUCCAUAACCUUGUGGUUGCCUGUGAGAUCCAGGUUCGAACUCUGGCCAGUGCAGGAGGACCAGACAACUUAGUCCUGCUGGAUCCUGAGAAGUACAAAGCCAAGUCCCGUUCCCCAGGGUCUCCUGUAGGAGAAGGGACUGGAUCUCUUCCCAAGUGGCAGAUUGGUGAGCAGGAAUUUGAAGCCCUCAUGCGGAUGCUUGAUAAUCUGGGCUACAGAACUGGCUACCCUUAUCGAUACCCUGCUCUGAGAGAGAAGUCUAAAAAAUACAGCGAUGUGGAGGUUCCUGCUAGUGUCACAGGUUACUCCUUUGCUAGUGACGGUGAUUCGAGCACUUGCUCCCCUCUCAGACACAGUUUUCAGAAGCAGCAGCGGGAGAAGACAAGAUGGCUGAACUCUGGCCGGGGCGACGAAGCUUCCGAGGAGGGGCAGAAUGGAAGCAGUCCCAAGUCGAAGACUAAGGUGUGGACGAACAUUACACACGAUCACGUGAAACCCUUGCUGCAGUCUCUCUCGUCCGGUGUCUGCGUGCCAAGCUGUAUUACCAACUGCUUGUGGACUAAAGAGGAUGGACAUAGAACUUCCACCUCUGCUGUCCCUAACCUGUUUGUUCCAUUGAACACUAACCCAAAAGAGGUCCAGGAGAUGAGGAACAAGAUCCGAGAGCAGAAUUUACAGGACAUUAAGACGGCUGGCCCUCAGUCCCAGGUUUUGUGUGGUGUAGUGAUGGACAGGAGCCUCGUCCAGGGAGAGCUGGUGACGGCCUCCAAGGCAAUCAUUGAGAAGGAGUACCAGCCCCACGUCAUUGUGAGCACCACGGGCCCCAACCCCUUCACCACGCUCACAGACCGCGAGCUGGAGGAGUACCGCAGGGAGGUGGAGCGGAAGCAGAAGGGCUCUGAAGAGAAUCUGGACGAGGCUAGAGAACAGAAAGAAAAGAGUCCUGCAGACCAGCCUGCGGUCCCCCACCCACCUCCCAGCACUCCCAUCAAGCUGGAGGAAGACCUUGUGCCGGAGCCAGCUACUGCAGAUGACAGUGAUGCCGCCACCUUUAAGCCAACUCUCCCCGAUCUGUCCCCUGAUGAGCCUUCAGAAGCACUCGGCUUCCCUAUGUUAGAGAAGGAGGAGGAAGCCCAGAGACCCCCAAGCCCCACUGAGGCCCCCACUGAGGCCAACCCCGAGCCAGCCCCAGCCCCAGCCCCGGUGGCUGAAGAGGCUGCCCCCUCAGCUGCCGAGGAGGGGGCUGCCGCGGACCCUGGCAGCGAUGGGUCUCCAGGCAAGUCCCCGUCCAAAAAGAAGAAGAAGUUCCGUACCCCGUCCUUUCUGAAGAAGAGCAAGAAGAAGAGUGACUCCUGAAGGCCCUGCGCUAACACUGUCCUGUCCGGAGUGACCCUGGCUCUGCCAGAGUCCCCGACUGCGUCUGUGCCCUGUCCUUGUGUAAUGGAAUGCAAAAAGCCAAGCCCUCCACCUAGCUAGGGGUCCCCUCACGUGAGCAGCCCCGUGUAGCCCUGGGCUGACCCAGCGUGUGCGCAGCAGCCCCACCCCACCCCGCCUCUUGUCCUGUCAGCCUCAGCUUCUGGGGGAGACGUGCUCUCCCCACAGAGGGGAGGCACUAAGUCAUGGUCCUAGCUGGAAGGUACUGGGGGCUUCUGCAGCUUUGGCCGCAGGUGUCACCCUCCUGAGCCUUGAGCUUUCCUGCCAUCCUUCCUGUUGUGAAAUCACAUUCUGUUUCUGCUCGGCUUCCCCUCCACCCUAAGGUCUCAGGUGAUGGACUCAGACUCCUGGUUCCACGUGGCAUUCUCUCUGCUCAGUGAUCUCACUUAAAUCUAUAUACAAAGCCUUGGUCCCGUGAAAACACUCGUGUGCCCACUGGCGGCCUUGAAGAGGCAGGUCUGGGCCAGACGCUGGGCAGGAAGCGCCCGCGGCAGAUGGGCCUGUGUGCCCCCAACGCGAUGCUGUGCAUGUCUGACCGAUGAUCCCUGACCACAGCCAGAUUCAGGAGCUCAGUUUUUUCACUUGGGUCUCUGGAUUCCUGUCAUAGGGAAGGUGUAUCAGGAGGGGAAGAGUCCUUUCUAGAAUUUUCUUUGAGUAGGUUUACAAUUUACCUUAUAUUUUUUGACUGUGAACGUGACCAGGCUUUUUGCUUUUUUCUUUCCAGACCCCAUAGUAGAGCACUUUUCACUUACUUGGGGGAGGUUUCAGGGGAUCUGUUCUCACCGUUAAUUCAGCCAGAAAGAUGCCCUAGUUGUGAUAAAAGGUAACUCGAGGUGGAGAGCAGCCCCGGGGCCCCUCAACAUGGCCGCCACUGAGGGAGCCUGAGACGUGCGCUCCUUGGCUAAUACUGUUGUUUUUACUUCCCUGGAAGAGGCUGGAAAAGGGCUCAGAGCUGCUGAGCAGGAACUGGAGGGUGACCCAUUUCAGGAGCUGCCUGGUACCAGCCUGACUAGGUGCAGGCAAGCUUGUGUGGGUCCAACAGGCCCCUGAUAGACCUGGUGCCAGGUGUGGGCUCAGAUCCUGGGCACGAUGGGCCGAGCCACCUCGGAUCCCACUGAUUGGACGGCCGAGCGAGAACCAGGCUGCUGCAUGGCACUGACUGCCGCUUUGAGCUUCCUCUGAGCCGCAGGGCCUGCUACGCAGGCAAGCGUGCUGCCUCUCUUCUGUGUCGUUUUGUUGCCAAGGCAGAAUGAAAAGUCCUUAACCGUGGACUCUUCCUUUAUCCCCUUUUAUCCCUUCCUUUACCCCACAUAUGCAAUGACUUAAUUUUCACUUUUGUAGUUUAAUCCUUUGUAUUACAACAUGAAAUAUAGUUGCAUAUAUGGACACCGACUUGGGAGGAUAGGUCCUGAAUGUCCUUUCUCCAGUGUAACAUGUUUUACUCACAAAUAAAAUUCUUUCAGCAAUUUCUUUGUCUAAA